UGCCGCAUUUAUUCGCCAUCCAUCACAUGCUCUUUUUUAGUAUAUAAACAAUCAGCCCCAGAAAGCUCAACCCGCUGCGCCUCCACCAACGCAACCCCCACAACCUUACGCCCUCCACAUCAUCGACCAUGGGCAGUUACUUCAAGAUGGCCGUUCCGGAAAAAGCGGCCUCGGAGCCUGGAAUGGACCUUCCCGUCGUCGACCUGGACGUGUUCCUCCACAACGAACGCGACUCACCUCAAGUUCAGGCCGAGUGUAAGAAGGCCGCCAACGCCUUCAUCACAUACGGCGCGUUAGUGCUACACGACUCGCGGGUUUCGGAGGACGACAACACGACGUUUCUCGAUCUGCUGGAGGACUACUUUGCACAGCCCGAAGAAGAGCUCAAAAAGGACGAGCGUCCAGAACUCGGCUACCAAAUCGGCGUCACGCUCGAAAACACGGAAAAGCCGAAGUGCGCGGUAGACGAGCCGUGUUUGCAGGUUAUAGAGCGGCUGGACCCUGCGGAGCGGCCCUUGGACAUCAAGGCGCAUGCACCAGAUCCCAAGUGCAGAUUCUUUUGGAGAAUGGUGGAGGAGCCGCCCUACCAGACCAAGUUUCCGGGAUUGAACGCGGAGAAUAUCACCCCUGAGGCCCCUCAUAUCCGUAGUCGAUGGACCCCGGUGAUGAACCAAUGGGGGUCCUCGAUGAAGAACGCAGUUGCUGAUCUAGCUGGAAUGACUGCCGUCGGUCUGGGUCUUCCCGCCGAGGCCUUUAGCAAUGCUGGCAGAUAUGGACCUCACCUUCUGGCACCUACGGCAUCAGACCUGAGGAAAUAUGGCAAGAAAGACAGCAUUCUUGCAGGUUUCCAUACCGAUCUGAACUUCCUCACCAUUCACGGCCGAUCAAGGUAUCCAGGCCUGCAUAUCUGGGCUCGCAACACGGGAAAGCGCAUCGCCGUCAAGAUCCCGCCGGGUAACUACCUUCUCGUCCAAGCUGGCAAACAACUGGAGCAUCUCACCGGAGGACUCAUCAAGGCGGGGUACCACGAAGUUGUGGUGAGCCAAGCGACUAUCGACACGAUCGAGCGGAGAAAAGUGGAGAACCCAGAUCGGCCGCUGAUCCGCAUCUCAUCCACCUUCUUCUGGCACCUCUCGUCCGACUACGACUUGACGCCGAACGCCAUAUUGGCAGAGCAGGCUCGUAGGCUCCGGAAGGAGCAGUUCAAGCUGGGAAAGGACGAGGGGAAUGAGGUCGUAUACCCGCCGAUGAAGGUCGGGCAGCAGGUUCAGAAUGAGCUUAAGCAUAUUGCAUUGAUGGCGUAAUGGGGUGCAUCAUCAUUUUAGUGCGUCGCACGGUGUUUGCCAGGAGGCGUUUAUGUUACUACGAGUGCAUCGGGCGCAAGAGGCUUUCGCUUUGCAUGGAUAGGGCCAUCGUUAUUGGGAAUUCCGCAUAGACCGGACUUCCUCAUGCACCCAAGACUAGGGGCACAGGUGUAAAUAAUUAGGAAUCAACCUAUAUCAACAGUCAUCGUACAAUUAGCUGUCAGGGGGCGAUGAGAAGUCGCGACCAAGCAACAGGUAAAGCAGUGUUGACAAGGGAAAAUGAGAAAACGACCGACAAGAAAGGGGGCAUCGUUCAUGUAAUCACUCAUAGUUUUGGAGUGAGAAUCAUCGUAAGAUCGUGCUCCUAAAGCGAAUAUUAUAGUUAAGGAGUAACGUAGCCCACAAGCGAACGGGUCACCCAACCGAACGGGUCACGCCAACUAGCAAAACAUGGAAUUCAACACGAUUUCGC